AUGGCAGCUGCUUUCGGAGCAGCCGCCACCAUUGCGGGACCUGCUGUCUUGGUGCUUGCGCCGAUUGCUGGCAUCGCGGGCGUCGUUGCAUGGCGGCAGAGCGAAGAGCCUGAGACCAUUUUGGCUGAGGCAGAAUCUGUGCUGACGAGCAGGAUGGGGGACGAGAUUGGCCGCGGCAACUUUGGAAGCGUCCGAUAUGUUAGCUCCCGCGCAGUGGUGAAGACAACGUCUAUAAAUGAUGAACAGGGGAUGGCGGAGAUCGUCAUGCUGCGGAAAGUGCAGGGGAAGGAGGAGAUCAUCAAAUUGCUGGGUGUUGCAACCAUCAAUAUGACUGCUUACAUGUAUCUCGCGAAAUGCAAUGGAGGCACCCUUGAGGGGCGCACCUUCAAGGACGGAACUUGGGAAGAUUUGGUGAUUCAACUGAUGGGUGGACUGUCCCACAUUGACAGGUUCCUAUUGGAGGAAUUUCCACCGUGCCAGCCUGAGUCCUCGUCUGAAAGCUUGUUGCCAGAGCCAGCACCCCCAGCACGUGCGGAUGUUGGCGAGGGUGUCGAAGAGUGGCAAGCGGGCGCACAGCUGGAGCAGCGCUCACUCGAAAUUUUCAAGAUGACCCUGGAAGCGGACCCCGACAAGCGCUGCACAGCAGAAGCAGUGCUGCGGCUUUGCAAACCCAAUUUGCUGGGCGGCGGCAGCAGCAGCAGCAGCAUUAGCGGGGGUACGACCUCAGCCCGCAGGCCCGCGCACGCAAACUUCUGGAAGCGCGUCAGCAAAAGAUGA